AUGCAUGUAGUAUCCUCCGGUCCCCCGGACGAGUUCCCAUCCGGCUUGCCGCACAGGGAUACGCACACAAGUGAAGUCGAACCACCAAAAGAUCAGCAACAUCCAGUAAAAUGGUACCGGUCAUCAAUGUUCAACGUGACCAUCGUCGGUGUCUGCAGUUUCGCAUGCCCCGGCAUCUGGUCCGCCAUGAACUCACUCGGCGCCGGCGGAGCCGCUUCUCCUAAUCUCAUCAACGCCGCCAACGCCAUUACUUUCAGUCUCAUGGUCCUCUCCAGCUACCUGUCCAGUGCGUUGAUCAUCGGUUACGCCCCCUUUGCCGCCGGCCUCUACACCAACAACCGCUACGGAAACGAAUGGUUUGUCCUCCUCGGUGCCGCCCUCUGCGGUAUCUCGGCUGGCGUCUUCUGGGCCGCCGAAGCAUCCAUCGCCAUUGCCUACCCUGAGCCUUGGAACAGAGGGAAAGCUUUGGGUUACUGGCUCUCCUUCAAGCUCUUCGCUCAGAUGCUGGGCGGUGCCAUCAACUUCGGUCUCAACGCCAACAAUGACCGAGCCGGCCAGGUCUCAUACACGGUGUUUCUAGUAUUCAUUGCCAUCCAAGCUUCUGGCCCCUUCAUCGGCUUCUUGCUCAAUAGUCCUGACAAUGUAGAACGGAAGGACGGCAAAAAAGUGGACUUGACGAUCACUCAGAAUCCGUGGAGGGAGAUCAAAGCCACCACCAAACUCUUCUUCACCAAAAAGUUCCUCCUCCUUCUCCUCUGGAUCGGCAAUGCCGUCUUCUCGGAGUCCGUCUUCUUCACCUACCUGGCCAUGUGGUUUUCAGUCCGUUCGCGAGCCCUGGGAUCCUUGAUGUCGGGCAUUGUUCCUGUCAUUGCCGGAAACAUCUUGGGAUACUGGCUUGAUCGGGGUAGCAUCUCGCUCAAGGUCAGGAGCAGAGUGGCCUUCUGGACGCUGGUGAUCUUCCAGGGUGCAUGGUGGACGUGGGCGACGGUGUUGGUAACGAGAUUCAAGGAGACAAAGCCAACUUAUGAUUGGGCGACGCCCGGAUUUGGAGCGGCGUUUGGGGUGUUUAUCUUUUUGGCUGUCAGCUUCCAGCUCAAUUAUCUGUUUUCAUACUUCAUCGUCCACAACAUCGCCGAGAGCGAUGAGGAGAUCAUUCGCUAUGCUGCGCUCCUCCGCGGUACUGAGUCCGCUUGGCAGGCCCUCAGCUACGGACUGGAGUCUUUGACAUUGUUCACUGCAACUGGCGGCGUGUAUAUGAGCUUUGUCAUAUGGGCAGUGGCUAUCUACCCUGCUUGGCACCUGCUAAGACACUUUGGCGUUCAUACCUCUAGGCCCUUGGCGGGCGAUGAUUCAUAUUCGGCAAGUAUCGAACGAGUGAAAGAGAAGGGCGCGAUUAGUUCGGCAACAAGCUCGGGAGAUGAGGCCGGCAAUGAGAGUACGAGCAAGGCGUAA